CGCCAGGAGGAAUUCACUUUAGGUUUUAGGGAAGGCAGCGUGCACUUAAACGGAUUGCUGUUGGAUCAACUGGUGACUGAUUGCGUAACGGCGAUGCGCGUAAUCCAAAAGAGAUAAAGUUUUACCUCACACAGACAUAAGAAGUGUUUUUUUUUUCUUUUUUUUUUCAAAACAGAUAGUUUUGGCUCGGGUUUGUUUGGCACAAAUAUCAGAACUUUAACUGGUUUUGAACUCAGCGGGACAUGGCAGAGGGAGACUUCUACACUAUGGGAAACCGGCAGAGGUUUCCCAGGGACCCGUUUGGAGAAUCGCCGUUCAGAGAUCAGUCUCCGUUCAGGGAUCAGCUCGCAUCUCGGUUUAUUGACGAUGACUUUGGCAUGCCUCCUUUCCCCGAUGAUCUGGCAAUGGACUGGCCGGGUUGGGCUCGGCCGGGCCGGCUCAGCACGCGCCUCAGUACCUCGCCCUUCAGCAGUGGUUUACGCACAGGUUUCCCCUCACGUCAGUCCACGGGAGGCCCAACGCUGUACACCAGCAGGUACGGCGAGCCUUCCUCCCGGAGCUCACCCAUCACCACCGGGGGAGAGCCCUGGAAAGUUUGUGUGAACGUCCACAGCUUCAAACCAGAGGAAUUAAACGUCAAAACGAGAGACGGAUUUGUAGAAGUGUCAGGAAAACAUGAAGAGAAGCAAGAAGAAGGAGGCAUAGUGACAAAGAAUUUCACAAAGAAGAUACAGAUCCCGAUAGAUGUGGACCCUCUGACUGUUUUCGCCUCCUUGUCCCCCGAGGGCGUCCUCAUUAUUGAAGCUCGGCAGACGCCUCCGUAUUACCUCUUCAGCAACGACGGCUCCCAGAGUGGUGAAACACUGGAGGUGGAGGCCCCCAAGCCCCAAGAGGCCUCUAUGGUCUAACAUAACAAAUCAUCCUGCACAGUUGAUUACAAGUUUGAUAGCAAAUGUGUGGCCUUCAGCUUCAUGUUGUUAACAUAUGGAAUUAAAAUGUGGAAAAGGAAAAUAGGUAUGUCCUGUUUGAUGAAGCUGCACAACUUACAACUGUUAAGUACACACGCAGAAUUCUGAAGAGUCAUGCUAUUACAUUUGAGUCACACAGUUAAGCAUCCAAUUUUAUGAAAAAUAAAUACCUGGCGAUAUUUUUUGUUGUUUACCAACUCUUACUGCUGUUCUGAAGGCAUUUCCAGUAUCCUUGAAGACUGUUAAUGACAUUUGGAUGACAAACUAUUCUGUCUGCUGCAUGAUAAAAAAUACACCUUAAGCUGUUUCCAUUGUUGCAACUCUGACUUCCUAAUUCCUAAUUUAUGAAUGAUUGUAGCCGGAAAUCACACAUUGUCUUACUCGAUUUGUACAAUUUGAAACAAACUUAUAAAAAGAUAAAAAAUAUAUCUUCUUGGUGCAGAAGUUGGCCAUUUUUUUCUUCCACAUGAUAUGAAGAAUCUUUGAAGAAUUUAGAAAUAUCUUCAGAACAGCAGUAAAGUGUUUUUUAAACGACCUUCUGGAUUUUUAAAAGAUUGUUGAUUCGAUUGUAAUGGUAAGGUUAGAUUUUUGGGUACCGAAGAUCAUAAAAGUUCAAAGAGCUACAGUUUAUGGAGCCGUCGUUGUGUUAACUUGUCUUGGGUAGCCUUAAUCUAAUAUAUGGAUGCAUCUUUAGAUUAUGUAAGAGCUGUUUGGCCACUGCAUUAUAAGUCAUAGCAUUCUCAAUAACCAGUAAUACAAUAAUAUAUAUAUAUAUUAUGUGAACUUCUCAAGAUCAAAUUUAUAUUUGUAUUUAUAUUAACAUGCAGUUCAUUUAGUGGAACAGUUUUUGCAUCAAACAUAUUGUAUGUGAUUUAUUUGGUUUUUAAAAGGAUGACAAAAGUGCCUUUAUUUACUUGAAUGCCUUGACUUCCUUCAGUUACACAGUUGUUUCUCUUUUGAGUUAAUGAAUGUCACUUAAACUGACAAGAAACAAAAGUAAGUUACCUUUUAUGGCUUUGUUAGAGGGUGAAUUGUGUGCAUUAAUACUGUAUUCUACCAAAGUGUAUUGUAAAUAUACUUUAAUAUGUGCCAAUUCAUUAUAAAUAUUAAUCUGAAGUGUUCCAGGUUUUGCAAUAUGGUUUGCAUUUUUCUUUUCUAUUUGAGUAUUCAGGAAGAUGGCUGCAUGAUUGUUGGGGUGAACUGACUGACUUGUGUGCCAAAAAUGUUUGUUUCCUGCUUUCUUUUCUGUUGAUGUCUUUGUAUUGGCUGAUGUAAUAAAAAUGUCCAGCCAAUCUCCUA